CAUAUUUUUCGUAUUGCUACUUUUCCGCUAAGCAAACAAACAAUGGCCAAUAUUGUUAAGAGAGGAGAAGAAGACACGAAACUUGAUGACAUAGCCUUCACUGCAAUUUUCUGGAUUGAGCGACUGAUAAUUUUAAAAUUUAUUUGUAUUUCUCUAAGUCAAUAUACAGUUCAAUUACGUUUGGCCAUAACAUUCUUGGUUUUCACUAAUUUCUGCUUUGGCAUCGUCAUUACUUAUAGUUCCAAUGGUACUAGUACAAUAUGUUUUGCGCGGUUUUUGAUCUAUUUUGUGUUAUUCUUUCAUUGUUGUUUUGGAGAUAUUGAGGUUUACGUUAAGGGUUUAGGCGCUUUUACGUCGUUGGUGAUAAUAAUUAUAUCUCAUAUACUACUUUCGUAUGGCCUUCUCCAAAAAUUUGCUACCGCUAAACCUAAUGAUCCUACUAAGAGUCAAGAACUAAUCAAGAAAUUGAAUACUGAAACCGAGAUGGAACCAUCCAAAGAUAAAGCUGAGAUCAUCAAAGAGGCUGCAUCGAAAGAGGAAGCUGAGAAGAUUAGGAAAGAAAGAUCCAAAGAGAAAGCUCAUCUCGAAUCAAUGAAAGUGUAUUUGGAUUAUCUCAAGGAACGCAUAUCAAAUUAUAUUGUUAAUAAUGAGGUGGAAAAUAGAAAAAUUAGAAACGUACAGAACUUGAAUAAGGAAGAAAGAGCAAAGAAAUCUGAGUUGACAUCGGAGAAAAUUCAAGAAAUGGCUCAAAACAGGAAUAAUUCGAAACAUGAAUCAAAGAUAGAACUUAAAGCAACUGUAGCAGACCAGAAAGAAGUGAAAGAAGCAAAAGAACAAGAACAACUGAAACCACCUGGACUACUGGACCAAAAAGGCGAAGAAAUAAUUAAAUUGAAAUGUGGAUGCGGUUUUCUCGAAAUGGACCUCAAGAAAUUGACAAUGGAGAAACGGAUCUUUGAGCAAGCACUCAAAAAGAUGAAAAAGGAUUUUGAUGUCUCAGUUAAAUUCUGUGAUGUGCAAAUCCUUAAGUUGGUGGAAGAGAAAGAGAAACUUAUUGCAGAUAUUAGAUAUGAAACUACAGAAAAAGAAAAACUGCAAGAGAGUCUAAAAAUGUUGGAGCAAGUUCAAGAAGAGAAUUCAAGAAAGUAUGAAAAUGAUGAUGAGGAGAAAAAAGAACUACAUGAAAAGCUUGGUUCUGUUUAUCAGUUAAUAGAAAAUUAUCAACAAAUGGAGUUAGAUUUUGCAGAAGCCCAAAAAAGAUGGGCAGAAGAGAAAAAUGAACUUAAUGACAAGCUUUCUGAAGCGAAUUCAGCUCAUCAGUAUUACUACAGUGCUGCUUGUGAUUAUGAAAAAAAUUAUAACAGAACGUUAAGUGAGAAAAGUGAUUUGGAGGACAAGAUUCAGAUUGUGGAAUCAUCAGUAGAUUACUAUAAAGAAUGUUGGAAUGAAAGUCAAGAGUUGCAGAAAGUUAAGAGAAGAGAGUAAGAAUCUUUCUGCAGAAGUUGGGAGGCAAAGCUCGGUUAUCGAGCAAUUGGGUAAGCAUAUGAAUGAUUUGGAAAUAGAGUGCAGAAGAUUAGAAGAUGAUAAGAUUAAUCUUACUGCUGGUCUUUGUGCUGCUAAAGCUGCCGCUGAACUUUACAAGAGCUAUAUGCAUGACUUCACUGGAUAGUUAUUAUUUAGUUAAUUUUUUUUAAUAUGAAUUAUUAUUUAGUUAAUUAAAGUUAGGGUUUAGAUUCUUUUGAGAAUUGGUUCGUCGUUGUUUUGAGAGUUAGUUAUAAGGAGACAUUUUUAGUUUAUUUGCUUAAUAAUUGGCAAUUAAUAUUUGUCUAAUUAAUCACAGGCAGG